UAUCUCGUCAGCGCGAAGGUCAGAGGACAGGCGCCACUCUCACGGUCACCAGCACGGACACUUCAGCCCCGCGGAGCUGGCGGGGGCGGGGCCUCUGCGGCUGGCGAGCCUGGUCCUCGCUCUGUCGGCUCACUCCGUGUUCGAGGGUUUGGCGCUCGGCCUGCAGGAGGACGGCGCCAAGCUGAGCAGCCUCUUCCUGGGCGUGGCCGUGCACGAGACGCUGGCCGCCGUUGCCCUCGGAGUGAGCGUGGCUAAGGCGUCGCUCGGCAUGAAGGACGCCGCCAAGCUGGGCGUGACGGUGAGCCUGAUGAUUCCUCUGGGGAUAGUGGUGGGGAUGGGCAUCGAGUCGGCGCAGACGCUGGCGGGCAGCGUGGUGUCGGUCGUGCUGCAGGGGCUCGCCGCCGGAACCUUCCUGUUCGUCACCUUCUUUGAGAUUCUGUCCCGAGAGCUGGAGGGCAAACAGGACCGGCUGCUCAAAGUACUCUUCCUCAUCCUCGGAUACGCAGUGCUCGCCGCACUCGUCUUCAUCAAGUGGUGACACACAGGAAGUGCACACGCGCACAGCAAUACCAAAGUAAAAGUCCUCCGAAGGAAUUCCAGCUCUCUGCCAAAACUCAUCGUAGUAAGUAAUGAAAGAUGUUUUUCAAAAUAAAGUUUGAUUCUCACUUAGCUGCAGCCAGGUACAGGUGUGCUCAGGGACACUGUGACAUCAUAGAUGGGCGUGGUUACUGAGGAAACGGACCCAUUAAAGAGACACAAACACCGGCUCAGUGUGUUCAGUCCCCCUUUGGAUUUUCAAAAUAAAGCGACCAAACAUACAUUAUAAUGUAUCUUUUCUUAGAAAGAUGUUUAUAGAAGAAUUUGAAAUCUUGUUUUUUUACAGCUGUGUUUAAGAUUUCAGAGAUUCUUCAUUUCCUUGUUGGUGCUUUUUGACUCUUGUUGUCGGGUUACUACAUCACCUGGAGAACCAGGUACAGAGAUUUGACGGUAAACCUGGUCUCCCAAUCUCCACACACUCCCUGCGGUCCAUGGUAGCUUUGUCUUUCUGAUGAUUUGUUGUUCAUUCUGUUUUGACGUCAUGUUGAUAAAGUGAUGGAAAAUACCAUCAGGAGUCUUUAUCUUGGAUUUUAUUUUGAAAUUAACCAGACGCUCUGUGCGUUUCCUUGUCUCACUUUCUGUUUGGGUCGAUCUAUUCUGUUCAGUUUGACGCGUGCUUGCAGCGAGCUCCAUCCAAAAUAGACUUAUUUGAAACAGAGCAGAGUGUAGCAGCGCCGCUGGCACGCUCUGGAGACGGACGACGGCGCUCGCUGUGGAAACAGGAACAUCGACAAUGUGUGGCAGCAAAAAGCGGCGUAGUGAGCUGCGCUGACGGACCGACUUUUUCUUUUUCUGUUUGCAUUGAGCUCGUCUGUAAAGAAAUGUACUUUCUACUCAAAAUUCUAAUGCAGCACAGAGUUUGUGGAAAUUGGGAUUUUUAUUUUAUUUUAUUAUUUAUUAUAAAUCAUUUGAUCCAUCGUAGAUCUCUAAAGUUUAAAACACUGUCGUUAUUUGUGCUCUGAUUUAUUUCAUAUUUAACCUCGAGCUCAGUGUGAAGUCUAAAGUAUAUUCUCCUCUAAACGAAUUAGAAACACUUGACGAGUGCUGACAGUUAAUGUUUCCUCUCUGUGAAGCUUCUUUAUUUAUACAUUAUAUAAAGGUAUAUUAAAUAUGAUAUAUGAAAGUU